CUCGUGACCGCCUUCUGGGGCAAUUAGGGAUGGGCAAUAAAUGCUGGCCCAGCCAGCAACACCCUCAUCCUGUAUUUAAUGAUUUGUUCUAUAAUCUAUAUAAUAUAUUUCGUUGUUAAAUUGGCCCUGGUUUUCUUUUUUUUUUCUAUUGCUGAGUUUUAGUUCCUUCAAAAAUAAAUAUUACACUUUUCUAUAAGAUAGCAAUUUUCAAACAAACCCUAACAGCAAUAUGAUCCCUGCCAAAUAUCUGUGACGUCGACUCUUUUUCAACCACAGAAUGGGCUGAAUCUUCAGCUGAAGGACAUUCCUGGUCAUCUCCCUGUAAAAGUAGGCCUCAGGCCUGGGCCACGAUUUGUACUCUUCAGCUCUCCACUGCUCUUCUGCAUAGCAUUAGAUUGGAUUCCUGGGUGAUUAGUCCCACGGCACCAUCUUUUCCCCAUUACUGCAUAACUUUUAUUCUUUGGUGAUGUCUUAAAGACCAGGAAAUGGAGCACAUUGACAGAGAUAAGGUUACAAUUUGGCGCAGAGGCUUAGCUUGAGCCCGCCAAAAAUAAAACAUUUCAAUCUGCUUGGACGAACAGAGGACUUGAACACAGAUACUGUCAUGGAUUGGAACAAGAGAAGAUCAUUUAAUACUUCAGGACUGCCAGCAUUUGAGUAAAAUCAGAAGGAACCUGCAGAACCUCUCGUUAUUACGUUACUCCUUGUUUCUGAUACUGUACCUGAAAAGAAUACACAUCGACAUCGGUUGUUAAAACUGUAAUCAGUAACUUUCUUGUGGGGGGUGAAUUCUGGGGUUUUUGCUUUACUUGCAGAUGGGGCAUGAUGUUGCAGGACGAGCCAGCAUUUAUUGCCUGUCCCUAAUUGCCCCUCAGAAGGAUUUGGGCAUUGCUUGUAAGACCAGCAUUUAUUGUCCAUCCCUAAUUACUCAUAGCAGCUUUAAGAGUCAUCCACGUUGCUGUGGAUGAAACUAAGCAUCUGAGCUCAAUAUGCCUUCAGAUGAAGAACGUGAUAUGGACAAUUCUGAACAAAAUGAUCAACCCAUCUCAGACAAACAAUUGAUGGAGUUAGCUGGAAAACUGGGGAACACAUGGCAGAGCUUAGCAAUUCAACACCUAGGCUUUAAGGCAUAUGAAGUUGAGAACUUCAUUUCUGAUGGAAAUAGUAAUCAAGACAAAGCAUUUAAAAUGUUACAAUCUUGGAAAUGUCGAGAAAAAUGUCCAACAGUCGGGGACCUGAUCCAUAUUCUUGAUAAAGCAGAUACUGAUUCUGAUGCAUGGUUAUUUCUUUGUAAUAAAGGCAGUAAAUAUAACGAGUUGAGAUGCAAAUGUUGUCACAAAAUGGACUGCCAGUGCAAAUGUGAGGCUGCUCAAGGACAUUUUUUCUCCAACCCCAGUCCCAGUGGAUAUAAUUGUUCAGUUAAAACUGUAAUAGUUAAAGCUAAUACCAUCCAGAAAAAAGGAACUGAAGCUCUGGAAAACCUAUUUCAGGAAUUAUUUGAAAGUAAUAUCAACCUCCUCUUAAAAUUUCGAAAAAUUGUUAAUUCUAUGGAAAGUAAAAUUCUGAACAUUGUACCAGGAUGUGUAGAAGCCCGUCUGCAGAUUUUAUCUUACACUGCUCUCCUGAAACUCAGCCUGUUACCUGUAAAGGGAGGCUCUGAAGGGAUAAAGCGGCUUGCUCCUUUACACCAGAAGCUACAAAAUGCUAUGGAAGAAGAACUUCCCGAUGUGAACAUAACAAAUGAGAUGCUUUCUUUCACCAACUAUUUCGAAGGUGGAUCUUACAGAAAAGCACUGGAAUAUUUUUGUAAAGGUUUUGCUAUUGAUGAUAUGCUCCCAAUCAUCAAAAAACCAAAACAAUUUCAGAAUAUUGAUUAUCUAUGUAUUGAUAUCAAAAAUGACCCAGGGACAACCUUAAGUGAUCUGAAGAGAGAAUUUGUGAAGCAACGAUACAGAAAACUACAUGAAUUCCAAAGGAAAGUAUUAAAAGGAAAGCCAAUGAGCAAAAGUGAUUACAGCCUUAAUAUUAUGUCAAUUGAUAAUGUUUUAAAUAAACCUAAAGGCAAGUGUGGAAAAAAAUUCAAGAAGGACACAGAUAAAGAAUUACCAGGACAGCAGGAAAAGACCUUUGAAGUUGUUUCCUUCUCCAAGCUGAGAUAUAAGCCUAAGAAGUGUUAUGGAUGUGGCAAGAACAUACGUGAUGUGGCAGACUCGGACUUGAUACUGAAGACACAAGACGUUCGAGAAUACUAUAGUGGUUGUCGUCAGAGGCAUCUCACAAUUCAUAAAUCAAACGUAUACUUCCACUUCCUUGAGAAAUGUGUGCGCAAGAAGUAUGGGCUAAUUAAUCAGCAUACAUUUCUUGUGCCAAAUAUUAUCUCGGGUUGUAUGACCGGUGCUCAACAUACAAUGCUCAGAAGCAUGGAAAACAUCCAGGAUGUAGGAGACACAAAAUUCCAAAGUAAAAUGGGGAGAAAUGACCUUGAGCCGUACUGAGUUGACUCCGAAAGUAAAAAAAGCUGUCAAACUAAAAUCUGUGUUCAGUUUCCAAUCAUCUCUCUUGUCUGGUUUGAGCAAAUAAAAUUCCUUUUAAGUCCUA